UCAGACUUCCUCUCCACCUCUCACACAGUCUCAGACUCUCACUCCGAGCCGCUGCCUGCCGCACGUGCGCUUCCGGGGGACAUUCGACCGGCGCUCGCGAGCGCGCGUCCAGCGAGCGCGUGAGCAGCAUCUGGACCGAAGCAGAUGUUUAGCCGAAUAGAGAGUCAGAAAUCAUCCUGCGAUCCUGGAACGCACCGGAGUAUGCUGAUGGCACGGCGGGUUCCUGACCGAGUUCCACUCCUGCUGAUGGAUUAAAGAACGCAGCUGAGGAGUGUGUGUGUGUGUGUGUGUGUGUGUGUGUGAGAAAGAGGAAGAGCGCGCAGCAGGAUGAGUAAGAAACAAAAGAGGAAGACCUUUACUCAAUUUCUGCUGCUCAUCUGCAUGCUCACACACCUGCUAUCACCAAUCCACAUCGCAGGACAUAAAGUUCACCAUGUCCGAGCAGGAACGUGUGAAGUGGUAGCGUUACAUCGAUGCUGCAAUAAGAACAAGAUCGAGGAACGCUCUCAGACUGUCAAGUGCUCCUGCUUCCCGGGACAAGUGGCUGGAACCACACGAGCAGCACCUUCCUGUGUAGAUGCCUCCAUAGUGGAGCAAAAGUGGUGGUGUCAGAUGCACCCCUGUCUAGAUGGAGAGGAGUGUAAAGUUCUGCCGGAUCUCAAAGGCUGGAGCUGUGCCACAGGGAACAAGAUCAAGACCACGAAGAUCUCUUCUGACCGGGAUCAGCUUUGGUAGCGGAUGGAAACCGGAUACAGGUUGACUGAGUCAGACGGACUGAGACCUGCCCAGACGCUCCUCAUCUUUCUUCUCGUGGAGCUGCUCUGUGUGAAGGCUGUUUCGUAACAGACACUGAACAAAGCAAUGAAGCGUUUCUGGACACGUCGGCGCUGUGAGCACAUCUGGACGGAUUUGUAAAGGCUUGUUGUGGAUUUCUGUAGUUGCGUUUUGCUUGCUGUUUUUGGACUUUAGGACAUUUACUGACUUUUUUUCAUAUGGAUCUGAGAGUGACGUCCAUUUUGCCUUGAGAUACUGUUAUUUAGCUUCGCUUUUAAAAAUGCAAAUCGACUACAAAUACUAUUGGGCAUGUAAAGACACCAAACCACCUACUGUUUUAGUGAAAUUUCUUAGUGUAGAUCUGAUAUGAAAGUUUAUGUACACAUUUUGUUCAUUAAGAGACUGUUUAUCACAUUAAUUACACUACUGGUCAAAUGUUUUUAAUACUGUUUUCCAGUUUUUAUUGAUAUAUAUACUCCAUAUAUAUAUAUAUAUAUAUGGAGGCAGUCCAAGAUCAGUGAAUAACCUAAAAUGGUACAAAGAUAAUAUAAAAAUGUUACUAAAAACUGAAUAAUAUAUAUAUAUAUAUAUAUAUAUAUGUACAUAUAUUGGAGUUCUACAAAAACACCUUUUUUAGGGAAGAAUUCAAGGGUUAACAAUUUACAGCUUUAAAAUUUUAAAACUGAUGCUAAUUAUUCCUACAGGCGUCCCAACGUUUACUGAUCACAUCCAAACCCCUUUGUGUGUGUAAAAGCAUAUAGCUCUCAUGAAAAGAAGGAAAGAAGAAAAGAAAAAAUAAAGGAAGAUACAAAAAAGAAAGAAAAAAACAAAUGGAAGGGAGAGAG